UCUGACCAUUCUGUUUGUUUAUUAUCGUUGUUUGGCUCGCCAACAUCUGCACUAAAUAUUUACAUCUGUUAAUUAGAUUUCUAACAACUCAUUUUCAACAUGUAUCCGUGUCCGAUGCUCCAUAGUUACUAUCAAAGAUGUGAAAAUCAAAUUCCUAGAAGAGCUCUGAACCGGAUGAUAGACCAAGCGAUGCUGAAGGACACAGAUUGCAGAGAACUGGAUCCCCCGAUACUCAGGCUAAAUUCUUUGCAUCCCGAAUGUUACGCUCCUCAUGUGGACGUGACACGUGCCAAGUGUGCUUUCGGUCGGCGAGCUCUACCUAAGCUGAGGACGGAAUUGCACAGUGAACAUCCUCGGAUUGUUAGACAAGCGGUCAACACGAUCGCCGAUUUGAUCCACAACCCGGAAAGCGUUGUUGAGGCAAUAAGGCUUCGUAUACCAGACAGGCUAGCAGAUCUUUUGGUAUCUGAAGAUCCCUUCCUCCGUGAAAGAAUUGGAAUGAUUUACACAUCGUUGGCCAGUCAAUCAAACGGCGGUUCAACGAUUACCGGUAACCCAUCGAUAGUUUGCAACUUGGUGAAAAAUUUACGUGAUGAUCUUGACUGUGUACGGUUGAGGGCAGCAGAGGCCAUCGAAAUGUUGGCGAGAAAUUGUCGAGUUGCGCAAGAUCUCUGCGCCUUUGGAUUUAUCGAUCUGAUCGUCGAUCGAAUAAUCGAAGAGAAAAAGGAUAUUUUGGUCGUUUAUCUCGAAACGUUGAAAUCUCUUCUGGACUGCGAUCAGAAGAUUCACGCGAUCGAGAUUGGGACGAUGGACAAACUCGUCAUGCUCCUCCAGCGAAAGGACGAGGAUAUUUUAGUUGAAUCUCUGGCAUGCUUAGCAAUUUUGUGCUCUCAUCCCGUCGGCAAACAAAAAUCAAUCGACAUGGAUCUUCUCUUCGUCCUGAAAACCUUCCUCGAAGAUGAGCGAAGAGCUGUGCACACGAAAGCAGCAGGCGUCGUUGCAUUCGUGACAAUAACGACACCGGGAAAAUUACGGGCCUUAGAUCUGCAGAUAAUGGGUCGUCUUUUGGAAUUGGCUGCCGAUUUUCACUGUAGAGAACUUCAGCUCAUGGCCUUGAAGGCGCUGACGAACAUCGCCGAGGUUCCCAGAGGCAGAGCCAUGAUGUUGCAAUCGAACACGAUGUUCAUCGAGAAUAUCGAUACGUGCAAAGACGAAGCCACUGAAAGGCACAAGGCAAUUUUAAUGGAGACUAUUCGAUGGCAACCGUAAAUUUCAUAUUCGUAAAAUUUUAUUCAAUCCUCUUGAGAGUAUUGAAAUUAUACGUAUAUAGAAAUCUACAGACACUCUGUUGAUAGUUUGUUGCUAAAUAUUUUGCUGAGAAAUUUCUGACAUUUCAUAUUUCUGACUAACUUCUCUCGAUAUUUUGUGUUAGUCCUUGAAAUGUCCCAAUUUACAGAUUCUUUUAAAAUUUUCCAGUAUACAUAUUUCAAGGUAAAAAUGUCAU